UCGUUCUAUCGAUACAUACCUCGUGCAAUCUUGAUUUAAUUGUACUAUAAUUUCGUGGAUUAUUGAAUGAUUGUGUGCAUGACUUUCCCAGGAAUAAUAACACCAAAGCAGCAAAGUUUCCAGUGCAGGCUGUUUCCGCUUCAAAGAAAAGAUCGAGGGCCAAGCGACGUUUUGUAGCACCAGGCAUUUAAUUCUAACCCGACACCAGCCAAACCAACGCAAUGCUACCUAUACCCGCUGUUGGUGCGGGAAUUGUUGGGUUAGGCGCGCUAACCACUUAUCUGGUUGCACCAUGGCUCAAAACCGACCUUGCGUACUGUUACAAAUUCAUGAAGUUCGCCGAGGCAAGUAUCAAGACGGUAGAAGCGAAGCUUUUUAUGGUUGAUAUGUUCGAGGCGGCCGUGAAACAUAACCCGCAAAAGACGUUUCUCUGGAAUGAAGGGAUCGCCUACUCAUACGCUCAAGUGGACGAAAAGGCAACGCAGGUGGCCAGGUUCGCUGACGGUAUUGGUCUGAAAUGUGGUGACUGCGUAGCAAUGAUGAUAUUCAAUUCGCCGGAGUUUGUGUGGACGGUAUAUGGUUUACAAAAGCUUGGGGUCCAAGUAGCUCUCCUCAACACAAAUAUCAGAUCUAAAUCACUACAGCAUUGCUUGACCGUCAGUGAAACAAAAACCGUCAUAUUUGGCCAAGAUCUCCAGGAUGCAGUCGAGAGUGUCGCCGAUUUCCUCAGCUCAGAAAGGUACAGUGUUUGGAUACAGGGUAGCGUAGUCCCAUCACCUUAUCAAGCCAUGGACAGUGUCACAGUAGGAAUGAGCACAACGCCUGUCGAUCCCAUUGUAAGAAACAGCGUCAAAGCCACCGAUCCCAUUGUUUAUAUUUACACUUCUGGAACAACAGGUCUCCCUAAAGCUGCCAUCAUCACUCAAAACCGACCGUGUUCAGCUUCAGCAAUGGUUCCGGUCCUGUGCAACAUAACAGAGGACGACGUGGUUUAUUUAACAUUGCCUCUCUACCACAGCGCGGCAUUCCUGAUAGGUUUGGCUGGUACUGUUAGAGCCGGUUGUACGGCGGUUCUGCGAAGGAAGUUCUCUGCCUCGGUUUUCUGGGAUGACUGUCGCCGCUACGAUGUGACAGCAUUCGUCUAUAUAGGAGAACUAUUGCGAUAUUUGGUCAACAUGCCCGAGCAACCAAACGACAAAGACCACAAGGUCCGUGUGAUAUUAGGAAAUGGAUUGCGGCCAGAGAUAUGGGCUGCCUUCAAAGACAGAUUCAACAUUAAGGAAAUCAGGGAGUUUUAUGCUGCCACUGAGGGAUUGGGUUUAUUUAUGAACUUAGGGGACAAACCUGGAUCAAUCGGCCGAUGUUCCCCCAUUCUAAAGAGGAUUUAUCCAUUAAAUUUCUUGAAAUUCGACUAUGAGAAUGAAACCGCCUAUCGUGGUCCCGACGGACGGUGUGUUCCCGCUAAACCAGGUGAAACUGGCCUGUACGUCUGUGCAAUUCAAGCCGGUAAACGAGAUUUCGAUGGUUACAAAGGAAAGAAAGAAUUGAAUGAGAAGAAGAUUCUGAGAAAUGUGUUCAAGGAAGGAGAUGCCUACUACAACUCUGGUGACCUUCUUAAGGUUGACGACAUGCACGAUGUCUACUUCAUUGAUAGGGUUGGAGACACUUUCAGAUGGAAAGGUGAAAACGUCUCCACCACAGAGGUUGCUUCUGUCUUAGCCGAUGAUGAGAGAAUCUUACAUGUCAACGUGUACGGGGUAAAGGUUCCAGGGGCUGACGGGCGAGCAGGAAUGGCCGCUAUUACCAUGAACGAGGGCUGCACGGUCGACCAAGAAUUUCUUGCUGAUCUCUACAAGAAAGUCAUGGGCAACCUGCCGGUGUAUGCAAGACCGAUCUUCCUUCGGAUGCAUGAAUCGGAGUUGGAAACUACGUCUACUUUUAAAUAUAUCAAGACAAAUCUGCAGAAGGAAGGCUUUAAUCCAAGUCAAGUCAAGGAGCCGCUAUACCGGUUAGAUUCGACCAAGAAGGCCUACAGUCCAAUCAACAGAAUAUUCUAUGACCAAGUCGUAUUGGGUAAAAGUAAAUUAUGAUGGGUUUGAGCAUUGUUAAAUUAGUAUUUUCACGAGAUAGGGACUGUACUGCUCAAAGUGAAAAUAAUUCUGUCCAUAUUAAUAGGAACAGUGUGGCCGUGAAAGAAACUAAUCCAUUCAUAGGUUUAAAUCUAUUUGGAUUCAAUUGCCAUUAAUCGCUUAUCCAUCAAUGAUUAGACACUCUUUUAUGAUUUCAUUUUUAUUGUGACAGUCAUCACCGGCAAUGAGCCGUAACCAACGAAUAAAACUUUUUCAUCAGGAAAUUAAACAAUUGGUGAUAUUUGAUUCCAUAUUCGUAUGAUUUUGCUCCAAUUAGCAAAUGGAAUAAAUGAUCGGAAAUUGGUUGGCCAUCCUCUCCAGAAUUGAAACAGGUAGUCAUGGCACCCGAUGCAGUCUUUCAUUCCCUUAUGAUAUAGAAUUUACAAUAGACAACUUCAAUCGAAAUAUAGACGACUCAGAAAAUGUUGAUGACCAUCUGAUAUACUGUGUUAAAGUGACAUCUCGGGCGUGGGAUUUACCUGACCAGGAUAAUACCCCUGCCUGACACCAGACACUGCUACUUGUAGUAAAAUGUCAAUGCUGAUCUCCAAUAAUGAUUUUCGCCAGACGCAGUU